UCGAGAGUCCCUCGCCGACUCGCACUGUCGCGACGUCCGCUCGCCGUUCAAGUUAAGGUUAUGUUUAUGUCUCCGUCGCCGGCAAGAAGGUUGGGUACGAGUGGCAUGUACGAGCGGGACGAAGGAUGAACAAGCUGCUGUCCGUCCCGAUCAAAGAAGUCAGCCAGAAGAUCCGUGGCAGCGCGGUGCGGCCGUCCGAGAUCUGCAAGGCCUCCGUCAAGCUGACUUCCGUCGUGAAGCCUCUGAACGCGUACAUCACCGUGACGAGCGAUGUCGCGGAGGAGCAGGCGCGCGCCGCCGACGAGAGGCAACGCAGGAGUUCACUGCUGGGACAGCUCGACGGGAUCCCCGUCGCCGUCAAGGACAACUAUUGCGUCAAGGGUGAACCGACGACCUGCGCUUCGCGGAUGUUGGCCAACUUCACGCCAGGCUACAGCGCCACGGUCUACGAGAGGCUGAGGUCGCGCGGGGCCGUACUGAUCGGCAAGACGAAUCUCGACGAGUUCGCCAUGGGCUCCGGCACCGUGGACUCGCUUUACGGGCCGACCAAGAACCUGUGGGGCUCGGAGGUGUUGUCCGAGUUUUAUUCGCACGGGCCCGACAGUCCGCGGGUCACCGCGAGGAGUGGGAAAGACGCCUGGCGCAUAGCAGGUGGCAGUAGUGGAGGCUCGGCGGUCGCAGUCGCCACAGGUACCUGUUACGCGGCCUUGGGCUCCGACACUGGCGGCUCCACUCGCAAUCCCGCGUCCUACUGCGGCCUGGUCGGCCUGAAGCCGACUUACGGUCUGGUGUCGCGCCACGGUCUUAUUCCUCUACUUAAUUCGAUGGACGUGCCUGGUAUUCUCGCGAGGACGGUAGACGACGCCGCGUUGAUUUUGAACGCCGUAGCUGGCCCCGACGAAGCAGAUCCCACCACCGUACGGAGGGAGUACGAACCGAUCAACCUGCCCGAAACGAUAGACAUUAGCAAUCUCAGGGUCGGGAUACCCAAGGAGUACGGGGUGCGAGGCAUAAGCGAGGAGGUCGAGGGAUGUUGGGCGAAGGUGUCGCGCCUUCUGGAAGAGGCGGGGGCCAGUGUCGUCCCAGUGUCGUUACCGCACACCGACUACUCCAUAGUAUGUUACUCCGUUUUAAAUCGAUGCGACGUGGCCAGCAACCUGGCCUGUUACGACGGCGUGGAAUACGGCCACAGGGCCGACGAGUGGAGCUCGGCGCACGAGCUGUACAAGCGGACCCGCUCGGAGGGCUUCAACGACGUGGUGAAGGGUCGCAUACUGGUCGGCAAUUACUUUCUCCUGGCGGAAAAUUACGAGAGGUAUUACGUCAAGGCGAUGAGGAUGCGUAGAUUGAUCGCGCGGGACUUUGACGCUCUGUGGAACGGCAAUGUGGAUCUCCUGCUGACUCCGACCACGUUGACCGAGGCACCGCGCUACGACCAAUUCGUGCGGCUGGACAAUCAGACGCAGUGCCUGAUCCAGGAUCACUGCACGCAGCCCGCGAACAUGGCCGGUCUGCCCGCGAUCAACGUGCCGAUCGAGCUAUCUCGCGGAGGGCUGCCCUUGUCCUUGCAGCUGAUGGCGCCGCUCUUCCACGAACAGAGGCUGCUCGCCGUGGCAAAGUGGAUCGAGCGGACGGUGCGAUUUCCGAGACUCCAACUGACGAACUCGUGCUCGCUCGAAUAAAAUUACUUUCUGACGACCA